AUGGCGGGUACAUUCGGUGAACAAACUGCACAAGGACUGGACGACCUCAGCGCUCGCUGUGCACAAUACAAAAAGGUGAGCUGGUGUGAUGAUCCAUUAGCGGACGGAGCUCAAUUCGCCAAAUGGCGUUGUGUUCACAAAAUCUCCUACAAUACACCUUCUCAUACGGCUUUAGUUGAAAUCGCAUCG